GCGGCGGGAGGCGGCGGCUCCGCACCGCAAACUUUCCCGGAGCGGCCGGGGGGGGGGGGCCAUGGGCCGCGGCCCGCGUUGAGCACCAUGAUCCCCGCCGGAGGCUGCCUCGGCGCCGGGCUGCUGCUCGCCGUCCUCUGCCCCGCCGCCGCCGCCGAAGUCUGCACGGGCACCGACAUGAAGCUGCUGCGUCCCUCCAGCCCCGAAAGCCACUACGAGACCCUGCGGCACCUCUACCAGGGCUGCCAGGUGGUGCAGGGCAACCUGGAGCUCACCUACCUGCCCCCCGACGCCGACACCACCUUCCUCAAGGAUAUCAAGGAGGUGCAGGGCUACGUGCUGAUCGCGGAGAACCAAGUGAGCCGGCUGGAGCUGCGGAGCCUGCGCAUCAUCCGGGGGACGCAGCUCUUCCAGGAGCGUUACGCCCUGGCCGUGGUGGGCAACGCCGGCCCCGCCGGCACGCCGGGGCUGCGCCAGCUCGGCAUGCGGCACCUCACAGAGAUCCUGAAGGGGGGGGUGCGCAUCGAGAGGAACCCCCAGCUCUGCUUCCAGGAGACCAUCCUGUGGUCCGACAUCUUCCACCGGCACAACGAGCUCCGCGGAGAGACCCGGGUGGAGAGCACCCGCAACCGCAGCUGUCCCGACUGCCGGGCGUUGUGUGCCGAGGGGCACUGCUGGGGCGAGGGGCCGCAGGACUGCCAGACGCUGACCAACAGCAUCUGCCACGGCUGCCCACGCUGCAAGGGCACGAAGCCGACCGACUGCUGCCACGAGCAGUGUGCCGCCGGCUGCACCGGCCCCAAGCACUCCGACUGCCUGGCGUGCUUGAACUUCAACCGGAGCGGGAUCUGCGAGCUGCACUGUCCCCCCCUCGUCAUCUACAACUCGGACACCUUCGAGUCGGUGCCCAACCGCGACGGGCGCUACACCUUCGGUGCCAGCUGCGUCAGCCAGUGUCCCUAUAACUACCUCGCAACGGAGGUGGGGUCCUGCACCCUCGUGUGCCCCCAGAACAGCCAGGAGGUCACGGUCAACAACGUCCAGAAAUGCGAGAAGUGCAGCAAACCCUGCCCGGAGGUGUGCUACGGGCUGGGAGUGGAUUUCCUCAAGGGCGUCCGCGCCGUGAAUGCCUCCAACAUCCAGCACUUCGCCGGCUGCACCAAGAUCUUUGGCAGCCUGGCCUUCCUGCCCGAGACCUUCGCUGGGGACCCCAGCACCAACACGCCGCCCCUGGACCCCAAACUGCUGCGGAUCUUUGAGAGCCUGGAAGAGCUGACGGGCUUCCUCUACAUCGCCGCCUGGCCGCCCGAUUUGCAGGACCUGGGCGUCUUCCAAAACCUGCGGGUCAUCCGGGGCCGCGUGCUGCACAACGGCGCCUACUCGCUGACGCUGCGGGACCUGGCGGUGCGGGCGCUGGGGCUCCGCGCCCUGCAGGAGAUCAGCAGCGGGAUGGUGCUCGUCCACCACAACCCCCAGCUCUGCUUCCUCCAGAAGGUGCCGUGGGGCAGCAUCUUCCGUAACCCCCGCCAGCGCCUCUUCCAGACCCACAACAAGCCCCCCGAACAGUGCGAGAGCGAGGGGCUGGUCUGCUUCCACCUCUGCGCCCACGGGCACUGCUGGGGCCCCGGUCCGACCCAGUGCGUCGCCUGCGAGCGGUUCCUGCGCGGCCAGGAGUGCGUCGCCUCCUGCAACCUCCUGGACGGAGCCGUCCGGGAGCACGCCAACGGGACGCGGUGCCUGCCCUGUCACCCCGAGUGCCAACCCCAGAACGGCACCGAGACCUGCUUCGGAUCGGAGGCAGACCAGUGCGUGGCUUGCGCCCACUACAAGGACGCGCAGCAGUGCGUGCGGCGCUGCCCCAGCGGGGUGAAGGCGGACGCCUCCUUCGUGCCCGUCUGGAAGUACCCGGACGAAGACGGCAUCUGCCAGCUCUGCCCCACCAACUGCACCCACUCGUGCACGAUCCGGGAUGAGGACGGCUGUCCCGUGGACCAGAAGCCAAGCCAGGUGACGUCCAUCAUCGCCGGCGUGGUGGGGGCUCUGCUGGUUGUCGUCCUCCUGCUCAUCACCGUCGUCUGCGUCAAGCGCCGGCGGCAGCAGGAGCGGAAGCACACCAUGCGGCGCCUGCUGCAGGAGACCGAGCUGGUGGAGCCAUUGACGCCCAGCGGGGCCCUCCCCAACCAGGCUCAGAUGCGGAUCCUGAAGGAGACGGAGCUCAAAAAAGUGAAAGUCUUAGGCUCCGGUGCUUUCGGCACCGUCUACAAGGGCAUCUGGAUCCCCGACGGGGAGAGCGUGAAGAUCCCAGUGGCCAUCAAGGUCUUGCGAGAGAACACGUCGCCCAAAGCCAACAAGGAAAUCCUGGACGAGGCUUACGUGAUGGCAGGGGUGGGCAGCCCCUACGUGUCCCGGCUGCUGGGCAUCUGCCUGACCUCCACGGUGCAGCUGGUGACACAGCUGAUGCCCUACGGCUGCCUCCUGGACUACGUGCGGGAGAACAAGGACCGCAUCGGCUCCCAGGACCUGCUCAACUGGUGUGUGCAGAUCGCCAAGGGGAUGAGUUACUUGGAGGAGGUGCGGCUGGUGCACCGGGACCUGGCCGCUCGCAAUGUCCUCGUCAAGAGCCCCAACCACGUCAAGAUCACCGACUUCGGGCUGGCCCGGCUGCUCGACAUCGAUGAGACCGAGUACCACGCUGACGGCGGCAAGGUCCCCAUCAAGUGGAUGGCGCUGGAGUCCAUCCUCCGCCGGCGCUUCACGCACCAGAGCGAUGUCUGGAGCUACGGUGUCACCGUGUGGGAGCUGAUGACCUUCGGGGCGAAACCCUACGACGGGAUCCCCGCCCGGGAGAUCCCCGACCUGCUGGAGAAGGGCGAGAGGCUGCCGCAGCCGCCCAUCUGCACCAUUGACGUCUACAUGAUCAUGGUGAAAUGCUGGAUGAUCGACUCCGAGUGCCGGCCCAAGUUUCGGGAGCUGGUCACCGAGUUCUCCCGCAUGGCCCGGGACCCCCAGCGCUUUGUGGUCAUCCAGAACGACAUGGUCGGGCUGCCCGGCUCCAUCGACAGCACCUUCUACCGGGCCCUGCUCGAGGAGGAGGACAUGGAUGACCUGGUUGACGCCGAGGAGUACCUGGUCCCUCACCAGGGCUUCUUCAGCGCCGAGACCUCCACCACCUACCGCAGCCGCAUCUCCUCCACGCGGAGCACGGCGGAGACCCCGGCCGACGUGGAGGAGGGCGAGGGCUUGGCCGCCUUCCCCUUCCCCCCCCAGGGCCUGGCAGAGGGUCCGGAGAGCCCCGUGCCGGAGGUGCCGGAGGGGGACGGCGGGGUCAAGGUGGCCCUGCAGAGCCCGUCGGUGCGGGAGCCCAGCGCCCUGCCGCGGUACAGCGAGGAUCCCACCGGGCUGACGGCCGAGGAGAGCGAGGGCCUGGACCCCGAGGGCUUCACCGCCCCGGCCCCCCGCACCGCCAUGCCAGAGUACGUGAAUCAAGCCGGGGAGCAGCGGUCCCCACCCCGGCACCCCCGUGCACCCCCAUCCCCGCCAGACAAGCCCAAAGGGCACCAGGGUAAGAACGGGCUCAUCAAGGAAGCCAAGCACCCUUUCCCGGGACCCUUCGGCCAUGCCGUGGAGAACCCCGAGUACCUGGCACCCCCCGGCCCGCCUGCCCCCGGCCCCUUCAGCCAGGCCUUCGACAACCCCUACUACUGGAACCAGGACCCCCCCAAGACCGGUGGUCCUGAGGGCGGCCCCGGCACGACGUCCACGGCUGAGAAUCCCGAGUACCUCGGACUGGCCGGACCCGACGACGCGGCUGCGUAGGGCCGAGCCGUGGAGAGACCCCCCCCCCCCGAAUCUGCUGAGGCAGGUUGGGGAGGGACAGCAUGCAGUGAGCUGCGGAUGCGGGGCCGGCGGCUGUCCCCUCUGCCCCGGGGGGCAUCCAUGCUAACGCCGUGGGGUGACACCAGCCACGGAGGGCUGGGAGAGCUCAGGACGCUGUAGGACAGCGCGGCAGCAAGUGUGGGGACAGAGAGAGGUCACCCUUCGUGCCAGGUGCUGCUCUGGGCCCCCCCCCCAGAGCUGGGCAUCGGCAAGGGUGACCCGCAAGCUGCGCUGAGCCGGACGGUGCUCAGAUUGCAACUGGGAGCAGCCCAGGGAGCUCAGCCCCAGCAUGGCCUGGAGAAGGACAGCCUGUCACCAUCACCCCAAAGGCUCCUCCACCACCAACCACCUCUCCAGGGCUGUCCCGGUCCGGCUCAUCCCGUGAACGUCGCCGCCGCCACCACCGCCCUCCUCCCCCGGCGCCCCAGUUGCGCCGGGACACACGGACUUGCACUGAGAGCAGGCGGACGCUGGGCUCGCGCCCCGGCUCCUCCUGGAUUCUUUUGAAGCCGACUGUAUCGCACCGAGAUGUAUAUUUGAUAAUUGUACAUUGUUUUUUUUUUUUUUCUA